AUGUCAGGCGAUUACGGAGUACUGUUGUCUGGCGAGGAAUCGAGGAAGUCACCUGAACAUGGCUCCCCAGUCAGCUUCUCAAUGGAUUUCAGCGAGGCUGCCAUACCGUUGGAAUCCUUCACGACAAGAAUAAGGCUUUUACUGAAUAGAAUAUUUGCAUCCUUGAAGAAAAAUCAAGUUUACAAACUAAUAGCGAUUCUCCUCUUGGUCACUUGUGUGACUGUGUUGAGUCAUGGAAGAAAUGAACCUUUCUUGUUUUCUACCGCCGCUGUCAACAAGAAUACUGUCUCUAAGAAGAAAGAUUUGCUUAAUGUGGAUAUAUCGAAUCAAUUGAGAUUUAUACCAUGGUCCAAACUACCGUUAAGUAAGGAGACGACGAAGCAACACUUCAAAGAGGCUGGGGUUACUGGGUUUGUAUCUAAUUUGGUCGCCACUAGGGACACAUUUAAAUGUGAAGACUGUAUAUAUGAUAACACAAUAGAAUAUUCCGAUUGGAGUGAACUUCUAGAAGACGAUUUAAUUGCGUUAAGACGCCAAAUGUUGAAGAGAAAUAAUGCUCUUUCAAAAGAAGUCAAAGAUAAGAAAGAGGACGAUUGGUCAGAAGAAAAAAUCAUAAAGGAACAUUGGUUUAGAUUCGGUGGUGCACCUAUAUGGUUGGAGACAGAGCAAUGUUUCUUGGUGUUUACUAGACUAGGUUAUACCAGAGGUAACAAAGGUCAUCCUCACGUUUCCCUGAUUAGAGCCCAAGCCUUCGAUAGAGAUUGGAAGGAAAUUCAAAAUAAACGUAUCCCAUUUAGUGAUGUCGUCAUGCCCUCCGAUUUAGACAAAGAAUUACAAUUACUGGAUAGAGAGUUGGGUGCCAGCUCAUGUGACCCGCUCCAAGGUGAGCCAACCAUGUAUGAAGAAUGUAUUGUGGAAAAGACUAAGAAUUCUUUGAAGAGUACACAAAGAAGAGAGGAAAUCUUAUCAAGAUAUUUCUUAACAUUCCCUACAAUCAUUGAUGUGCCAUUUGUAUUCCAUGGUGACUUGAACGGACCGGAGGAUCCACACGUCAUCUUGAGGAAGACAGAAUCCAUGGAGGAACCAGUAUUGGUGUUCAAUAUGCUCGAUGAAGUGGAAAAAAAGAGAAGAAUCUUUUCGUUCAUGCCAUUCAGGAAGAUUGAUCCCCUAGUGAAAUUUACUGUUCCAAGCUUGAAAUUAAACGAAAAGGAAAAAAAUUGGACACCUUUCUUCCAUAAUGAUUUCCAUAAUAGUAAACUAUCCAGAGGUACCAUUCAUUUCAUUUAUAGUUUCAAGCCCUUAAGGAUAUUGCAAUGUUCUCUAAAUGAUGGUAUUUGUGAUGUUGUAUUCGGGAAAACUGAACGGAGUUCAGAUGACGAUAAGGAUGGUGAGACCUAUGGUAGCAUGCGUGGUGGGACACAAUUUUAUAAACUUCCAUCUGUUUUACCUGGUAUUGAAGAUAAAACCAUGUGGUUAGGGUUCCCCAAAUUACAUUUAUUCAAUAGUGGUUGUAAUACUCAUUAUUAUAGGCCCAUGAUGGCGUUGUUGGUGGAGGAGAAAGGUACUUAUAACUUAGAAUUGGAAGUACCGGUAUUAGAUUUCGGCCUUGAUGUGAAAUCGUGGAACUUGAAAGGGUAUUAUUGUGAUCAUAUUAGUAUUUUGAGUCCGAAUUCCAUUGCCUAUUGGGAAGUGGUUAACCAAGAUCCAGUAACCAAGGAAUAUGAAGAUUAUCUUGCUGUAUCGAUGAGUGAAGCAGACACCUUCUCUAGAGUGAUUGUAUUGAAGGGUGUCUUGAAUUACAUUCUGGGUAUCUACAGGGAUAAGCAAAUCAAUGAGAGUUUUCAACUUGGUGAUGAAGCCUCUAUUGCUUCAGCAAAGACUUUAAAAUGUAUGGACGAGUUUGCAAGACAGCAAUCUAGCAAAUACGACAAGUCACAUCCCAAACCUUGA